UGUGUCUUGGUGCUCAGUGCGUUCACAUCUCUGCCCGCUCAACAUCUCCUUGGGCGUUACAGUCUCCCAGAGUGGACAGUUUAUUAGUGUGUUUAGGCAAUGAAAUAAAAACAGUGAUAAAAUGAAGGGAUUAGGAUUUUUAUUGAUAACUCUAACAGUAGUUUCUGUGAAUUCCAAAGGUCUGCACUACAAAGUGCACUGUGGAUCUGAUAGUAUGCGAGUAGAGUUGGUUCAAAGGGAAGAAGUUAAAAACUUAUAUUUGCAAAACCUCAAAGAUUUUCCAGAGCCAGCCUGCAAGCCUGUGAUUGAGGGAAGAAAGGCGACAUUUGAGCUCAAUCUUGAUGAUAUUUACCAAUGUAUGAUCACUAAAGUAGUGAAUAAGAAAACGGGGAGUAAGGUUUAUUACCAUAGAGUUGUUGUCGAGUAUACGGAUUCUACUCCUAAAGAGUCUAUCCUGGUCAAAUGUGACACAAACCUGACUCCUUUGGGUAAUUCCUCGUACGAUUCAGAGAUUGAAGCUGUCUCUCUUGUUAAAAGACAAGCUGAAUUCCCAGCUUCAUUCAGUGAAGAAGAAGUUGAAAUUACAAGUGAAGUUACUGGACAUGCUCCCUCUCCUGUACUUAAUGUUGGGGUCAGACAAGACGGAGUACUUGUAGAUGAUGAAUUGAACGUGAAGCCUGGAACUCCCUUGAAUAUGGAAAUAUAUCUGGAUAAUAUCAGCAAGGACAUAUAUGGACUUCUUGUUUCUGGCAUGGAGGUUACAGAUACCAGAUCACAGACAGAACCUAUUCUUGUUAAUGGGUAAACGAUAUCUAUCUAUCUAUCUAUCUAUCUAUCUAUCUAUCUAUCUAUUUAUCUAUCUAUCUAUCUAUCUAUACUGUCAUUCCCUGAGUCCAGUUUUGUCCUGUUUAAAGGCACAGUGAAUGUGUGCCUGGAUACGUGCCAAGGGGUUCAGUGUUCCAACGGGCAGAUUGGAUACGGUCGAAGGAGAAGAGAAAUCUUUGACGAUGCUCCAGACCCAAAUAAGGUUUAUGAGAUCUCAAUGUCAACCAUUAUUAAAAUGGAGUGUAAAGACUGUCAAGAAAUCCAGGAGUUUAAACAACUCAAGGAACUAGAACUGAAAGAGCUCAAAGAAGAAAAAAUCAACGUUCUGCAUGAAACUGCCCAUGUUCAAUCUUUCAAGGCGAAUGAGGAUGCAGCUGUGAGUGCACUCUUCGAAGAAUUUAAAACUCCUGGAUUUUCUGUUUUUGAAAAAAGUUCCUCAUCAACGACGACAUUUCAAUUCGUUUUGCUUCUUACUGUGUGUCUUCACCUUUUAAACUAAAUUGAUAACUUGUGCUAAUGUGAUAUGAAAAUACUGUAAACUUUUAAAGACUUAAUCGACUAAGUUCAUCAAAUUUUAGGCAAAAUGUUGAUAAAAUGUGCAUAAUUAACUAAUAAAUAAAUACAACUAA